AUGCAACUGAUCGACUUUGCCUCAGACUUCAGCACCAUACCCAACGGUAUCAUCUGCGCGAUCUGGAGUCUCCUGGGUGUAUGGCUCGUCUAUGGUGACUCACCAUUCACGCUCGCCUGGCUCUUCCUUCAAGCGCAUUCCACCCGGGACCGUAUAAUCAUUACCGUCAGCGUGUGUGGUUUCUUCUUUUGCCUCUGCACACUCCCAUUCGCCUGGAACUUCACUGUCUCGUGCGCGCUGUUUGGCUACAAUUUCCCACCCAGAGGACUGCCAUGGCUCAUGUUCAUCGCAAGCUGGACCAUCUUUGGGUCCUGGAUGGCCUCCCUAGCCUGGGCAUGGCUGCCCAGCUGGAUCUUUAUGAUCCCUCCAGGCUUGGUCGCCUGGGAUUAUGGUCGACGGUUGUCGUUCCUAUCACUCAUGGACGCAUGCGUAACUGUGAGCUGGAUUUCAUGCGGACUCUGGAUGUGCUUUGGAGGUUGGAUGUUUUACGGACUCAUGGUGUCUUCUCUUGUCUGGGUUCUUACGCUCUGGCUGCCCCUUGUUCCGAUGCUGAAGGCCGGCUUCGAGCUCAGUGUCGCGCAUUACCUCCAUCGCCAGCGGCGCGCUGAUCGGAAGGCAGUAUGGCUUCAGAAAUGGCUGCGCAGGACUGUGGAAGAGACUUGGGGAUUCCUCAAGAUGGAGGAGAGAAAGAUUGCCGCUGGCUCGAGCGACGACACGACCUGCAGAUUACAAACCCUCCCAGUCGAGCUACGCCUCCUCAUCUACAGCCAUAUGCACUAUGACUCCGCUCUGGCAUUGGAGAGGGCAAGCCGCCAUUUUUACAACGACAUACCGCACCAAGCGAUUGAUGUGGAGACGAAGACAGUGGGCGUACUGUUGGCGGAGGCCUCUCAACAUAACAAGGAUCGGCUGGCUUGUUAUUACUGCCUGCGCGUGCUCCCGAUGGAAGCGUUUGGUAGUAGGGACUGGUCGAAAGGUCUACUGUAA